AUGGCUAUAUGGCCCUUCGGUCGCCGGAGGAAACGGCCCCGCAAGGCUGCGGACGACGAGGCUUUCUCGAGCUCCUUCACUGCUGGUGAUCCUCUAGCACAGGCACACGCUCUGGGCUUUGGGAGCCAUGGUUCCCCUCAAUCUAAUCUCCAUGUCCAUUCCCAUGGGUCCGUCCCCGGUUCUGGGAAAGCUACCAGGAGAGACACAACACACGAUUUAUACGACAGCGACACCGUCCGUCUGACGGAUUUACCCCCCGGUACCUUGUCCAUCGCUUCUGCCCGCUUCCAUCGCCAACCUACCUCGAUUGAUACCUCUCGCUCGCGCGAUUUUGUCGCGUCGUCCUCGCACUUUCACUACGCGGGCACUGUCUCGCAGACCAGCCUUGGCCACCCUCCGACCCUUCACGGUCGCCGCAGCAGCACCGAACCCGCGAUGUUGAGACGGAAAUUUUCGAAGCGCAAACGAAAUGAUUAUGCCAGGGAGUUGGAGAUAAAAAAUAUGACCAGCCAUGUGACUGUCCUACGACGACCUUCAACUGUGUCCCCCGCCACCCAGUGGUGGGAGUCUAACAAACGCGGCACGAGGAAUAUAAAGUCUGCCCAUGGCGCUGUAUCAUCCCAAAUGUCGCUACAGGUUGAUUCGGGUCGAAGUUCCCCCUUCGACAUGGAACCUUGUUCCUUCAAAAUCAGUUCUUUCGCGGCUCUGGCUCCUCGACCAAUUCUGAGCGGAAAUUACAAAGAAGAGCGGACCUUCAACGCGAACAAGAACGACGGAAUCCACCCGUACCCUCACAACUUCCAACUUCAGGAUAUGGAGUUGGAGUUGGACGUCCUCCUAUUCCUGAGCCUCGAUCUGCGGACAAUGUUGCUGUUGUUAUUCCAGACCGUGUAUCUCCAGCUACUGUGGAGGUUGUUCCUUCUUCUGGGUCUUGGCUACGGGACCCAUCCAAGGAAAGUCUACACGGUACAACCUCAAGCCCGAAAGACAAACCACUGUCGAGCUGUUAUCAGCCACGAUAUUAGCAUGUCUAGUAUGAGCGGCCGACAUUCCAUUGAGCCGGUCCAUGGUGCCAAAGAUCCAGACAAUGCUGCCAAUUCCCAUGCCCCAGAAACAACCGGACGACCUAUAGCAAAUAUUCUUCGGGAUUUUGAACUCCAGAAGCGUCAUUCAGACAACGCUGGAAAGCUCUCCACUUCCUGGACCACCUUCUUCCGACGUGGUGGGACGCGGUUCCGACGACAGAAUUCGGAGCGGACGAAGACACCGUCGGAGAUUUCAAGCCCACCCAGUGAUUCAUUUCAAAGAAUCAACCAGCAGGCAGCACAAACGCAACCCGUUCCACUUCCGGAACGAAGCUACAUACGCCCUGGAGCGUUUCCUCGAAAUCAAUCCAAAUUUACAGAACAUUUUACCGACCCCGUCAAUGAAUUCCCGCCUCCACCUGGACGCGAUUUCCAAUCGCCAAGCGGCCCUCAUCUUUCAUUUUCAGUAGCUAGAUCACCCGCAGCGGCUGGCGCAGACCGUUCUUCCGUUGCUACUCCUGAGCAACGUGCCUACAGCCGUUCAUCUGGCGCUGGCAGCCCAGAGACUAAUGCUGAGAGCAUUUUACUCGCCCACUCUCUUGCUUCUAUAGACUCUGAGGGCUCGUGGCUGUCGGGGCGACUUUCCCGGCGUUUCUCCCAUCCGCCCAAGAAUUCUAGCAGCGCGAAUUCCACAAGGGACAUAUUAGACGUGUAUGCAGAAAAUGCGGAGGAUGAUCACGACCGCACUCGCCACCUGACAGCGGAUGAUCGUGAUCAUGGGCGUCGGCCACCUUUACUUUUGGAGGAAAUGGAUCAAGGAGAAGAAACCUUCCACGCCGGUGUCGGGAAACGCGCACUCCUCGUCCGCCCGGACUACCGCCCAUUCUCUAACAAUGCCAACAUCAUCAUCGACGACAACCUCAAGAACCUCUACAUGGAAACAGAGGGUGUGGGAGCGGGUGGAGCUCAAUCAGACGCCGAAUCUGCCAGUCCAGUUAGCGCUCUCGGAGCCGAUUCGGAGGUCCGGCGCGCAACCAGCGUGGAUCUGGGUAAGCAACACGUGCGUCAUAUUAGCGCAGGAAGCGCCAAACUUUUGGAGAUUUCCCGGCGGGCAUCUGAGACUCGCAGGUUGAGUGCUGGUUCGACAGGGAGCGGUACCUUGCCGAAUCAUGCGUAG